AUGAUACUGGCCAACAUGAGUAUGAAGAAAAAAACUGGAAGUCGGUCUUUCAUUAUAAACAGACCUCUUGCCCCGACACCCGACCCACAAGCUCCCUCGGAGGAGGAAACCACACCUUACAUAGCUCAAGUGUUCCAACAAAAGGCAGCCAGAAGGCAAUCUGACAUCGACAAGUUCCAUGGUCCUCCUAAGAAACAAGACAGAGCUCGGAUGGAGAGUCCAGCCUUUUCUACUCCAAGGGGCUGUCUGGCCCCUGGGCAGGAAGAACUCAUCCUCCUGCAGGAAAGAGUCAAGAAUGGGAAAAUAACUGUGGAUGAAGCCCUGGAGAAAUUUAAACACUGGCAGAUGGGAAAGAGUGGCCUGGAAAUGAUUCAGCAGGAAAAACUACGCCAACUACGAGACUGCAUUAUUGGAAAAAGGCCAGAAGAAGAAAAUGUCUGUGAUAAGCUCACCAUCGUGCACCAUCCAAGUGGUAAUGAAACUGCCCACAAUGAAAAUAUGUUUUAUAACAUACCCUUCAACAAUAAGUUUCCUGCUCGACUCCAAGUUGAAAAGGAAUUUGGUUUCUGCUUGAGGAAAGAUCAUUAAAGAAGGUUAUUAUAAUGAAACUCAAGAAUCUGCAGACAUUGUGCCUUCUGGGUGAUUCAAGCUUGCUUUUGGAUUACCUGCUCUCUCCAGGGGAAUCUAUACUAUGAAAGCAGAAGCAAACCUCUGAGUUUCAGAAUUUGUUAUUGCCACAAUUUAUUGGUAUCAUACCUGCUUCAGAUGGGUAUAUUAAUAUUAAAAUAGAAUGCCAUGGAGUAACUGCAUUCUUUGAAAAUUCUUGAAUUUUACAAUGUGCUUUGCCAUGGAAGCAGCCAGUUCCCAUUUUGAAAAUUAAAAGAAAAUAAGAUCAGAGAAGUUAAAUGCUGCGUAGCAGCAUUACUGGGCCUGUCUAAGGCACUAACCUUAGAUUACUCCUCCUGUCCCUAGAAUAACCAUGAAAAUGCAGAUUCACUUCAUACAUAUUUGCCUUUUAAGUGACUGGUUUGUUUUUUUGAUUUCUCAAAUUCGGUGCUCUAAUUAUUAUUGUUAUAUCAUGUUUGCAGAAACCUUCCCUUAUUUAGAGCUUCUUUGCAUAUAACACUGAGAACAUCAUUUUUUUAAAAAAAGUUUCUAUGUCUCAAAUUAAUAUACAUUUCCAGAGUCAUUAUUCUUUAUUAAAAGCUAUAAUUUCAUCAACCUAUUUCUUAGGAAUAAUUUACUAGCUUAGAAUAGAAUGCAGUUUCAUCAUAUUAUGAUUUCCAUGUACAAAUGCUGCAAAUAAAUUGGAUGUUUAAAGCUAUGUCUGACUUUUUAAAAUAAAUGUAUAAGAAUUAA